AAGAAUUUACAUCAUUGCUCAAUGCGAAGAAAGCAGAUAUCACUACGCCUAAGUUAACCAUUAACUAAUCCUGUAUGACACCGAGAGCUGAAUUACCUAGAGUAACCUUGGCAUAGCCUUACUUCCUUCCCGUUCCUGACAGAGAAACUAAAUUAUACAUAAAUCCACCGGCACCCCGCGCUAUUUUUUUUCUUCUUCUCCAUGUCAACGAACUUCUUCCGAACAGUCCAGUCUUCACUCAGACAUUCCGUAUAUAGACCGUCGCAUAUCACACCUAUUCGUCAAUUCCACACUACAUUGCCCAGAAUGACUGUCCACAACAUCCUCACCGCCGACGCCUUCCACACGGCCGUCAAGGAGAACAAGGUCGUCCUCCUAGACUGCUUCGCGACCUGGUGCGGUCCCUGCAAGGCCAUCGCGCCUCUCCUAGCGAACCACUCGAACGACGAGCAGUUCAAGGACAUCUUCUUCGCCAAGAUCGACGUCGACGAGCUUCCUGAGCUGAGCCAAGAACUCGGCAUCACAUCCAUGCCAACGUUCAUGAUCUUCAAGGAUGGCGAGCAGCAGGAUAAGCUCAUCGGCGCCAACCCCGGCGCCCUCGUCGCUCUGCUGAAGAAGUCCAUCGCGGCUUAAUUGACCUGCGCGAAUUGGUUGGGACGGAAGAUUACCUAGGUACUUGCCUUGCUGUUAGAGCGCCAUGCGAUCGUGGCUGGUGGUUGAGAGGAUAUCCCAGAGUCGGCGUGUUUGAGUAAGGGGUUUUCAUGAUGCUCUUGCGAACGAACAUUCACUAUCCUACGAAUAGACACGGGCUUCCGAUAGCCCCCCAAUAAAUUAAAAAAAAAGACAUUGCCUAAACAAAUUCCUGGUUCUUUUUUCCUGUUGUUGAUGUGAGGCUCGGUAUAAGUCGCUGCACAUGGUAUCUGUUCCUACUGGUGGGGUCAAACUAAUUCACCAAUGAACGAGACUACAUAAGCUAUCUUAGAGGACAGAACGACGAUCGAAUAAUAUAUAUACUGCCCAGAAUUGUAAGUUGAAUGGUUGAGAAUGUAUUUAUUAUUUUUAAUGUUUAUUGGCAACACAAUCGUUUUGAAUCUCUCAA